AGGUUUCCACAGGUGAAAGCAUAAAGGUCCAGGGUCAAUUUUUCUGCAAUUUUCAGUUUGCUUCCAAACUUGUUGGACAUUAAGUAAAUAGAUAACCAGUGAGCUGUUUUGUUUUUGGUGGCGAUUGAUCUUUCCCUCAAGGAGUAGUCUAAGGUCAAAGUUCACCAUUAAUAAGGUCAAAUAAUAAAUUUUCCACAAGUCACAUUGAGUCAUACCUCAUAUUAAAGGUCUCUUUUAUAAAUAGGUGGCAGAAAUAUUGAGCAGCGAUGUAGAAAGAAAAGGGUAUUUUGGGUGGUAAGUUUAGCUUCAAAGCCCUGGCAGAUGGCUCCCUUGACAAGACCAAAGUUAUUUGCAUCUGCAGUCGCUGUGAGUUGAGUUGUCAAGGAGCACGUCGAUUCUAAAAUGCCAGAGAGGAGAGAGAAGGUACUGGAGCACUGCAGGUAUUUUUUACUGUCAUUAAUACAGUGGUAACUUGGCAUACGAGUGUCCCAAGUAACGACUGUUUUUUAGAUGCGAGCCGUCUUUUGGCUGCGAGCUAAAAUUUGGCUGCUGGUUACCAGCAGGCAUAGCCUGCCCUUUUUGGCCCUUUUUAUGGCUUAAAAUUGCUCUGAAGUGCAAUCAAUUAGUGGAGAGUUGCAUCAUCACCUCGUUUUGCCUCUCGUGCAAAAAAAUGUAAAAGACAUAUAAAUCCGUUGUUGGGAUUGGGGCGUUUGUGUUUGUAAAAAUGUAUAACUACAGUACGUCUUUGGUAUUGAAUGAGUUAAUUACGAGUUGGACAACAUGCAAUUAAUCACAAUGAAAUAUUUUCAUCAAUUGACGGCCCUAAAAAAGACAUAAUGACUAUAAAAAGCGACAAUUUUUUUGCUUGAAAAUGUCACCAACGGUUAAAUAUGUCAAUCACUCCAAAAAAGUGUGCAUGGAUUCAUUUAUUCAUUCAAGGGUGUGCUGUUUUGCAGGAACAUGUUCCCUCCGAACCUUGUAGAGGCUUGCACCAAACAGAUGUAGUCAUUUCACUAGAGUCAUAUCCCGAGGAUCACCAAGACACUUUCAAGACGCAGUACGCCAAGAGAGUAGUCCACGUCAAGGUGAUGGUGAACGAUUCCCUAUUCACGCUCAACGGAAGCCAGAUGAUCAGCAGGGAGGAGAUGAUCCCGGUGCCGGGGGAUGUCAAUGGGGUCAACGCUCUGGGCCUGGUGGUGUUCUCCAUGUGCUUCGGUUUGAUCAUCGGGAGCAUGCGGGAGCAGGGCCAGCCUCUCAGGGACUUUUUCGACUGUCUCAACGAGGCCAUCAUGAGGCUGGUGGCCAUAAUCAUGUGGUACGCCCCCAUCGGUAUCCUGUUUCUGAUUGCGGGUAAAAUAGUGGAAAUGGACGACAUCACGUCAAUGGGCGGCCAGUUGGGCAUGUACACGGUGACUGUCAUUUGCGGCCUGCUCAUCCAUGCCAUCCUUGUCCUGCCCACGCUCUACUUUAUCGUCACUCGGAAGAACCCCUUCAUCUUUAUUGCUGGCCUGCUGCAGGCCCUCAUCACCGCCCUUGGAACGUCAUCGAGUUCUGCCACGUUGCCCAUCACGUUCAAAUGCCUGGAGGAGAAUAACAAGGUGGACAAGCGCGUGACCCGUUUUGUGCUUCCCGUGGGCGCCACCAUAAACAUGGACGGCACUGCCUUGUAUGAAGCGCUGGCAGCCAUCUUUAUCGCUCAGGUUAACAAUUACGACCUCAACUUCGGACAGAUUCUCACCAUCAGUAUCACGGCCACAGCAGCCAGCAUUGGUGCAGCUGGAAUUCCCCAGGCAGGGCUGGUUACCAUGGUAAUAGUGCUAACGUCGGUGGGCCUGCCGACUGAUGACAUCACGCUCAUCAUUGCAGUGGAUUGGUUCCUGGACCGAUUGCGCACCACCACCAACGUUCUGGGAGACUCGAUCGGUGCAGGCAUAGUGGAACACCUGUCCCGCCACGAGCUGACUGAAGAGCCAGAGACGGGCGACUCGGUGGUGGAGGAAGCGGACAAGAAGCCCUACCAGCUCAUCUCCCAGAAGCACGAGUACGAGAACGAGAGGCCUGUCGAGAACGUGACCAAUAUGUAGCGGAUGUUUUGCUAUUGGUGGGACAACCAAGAGGGUAGAGACCAGGACAAGACAGUAGAAAUGUGGGGGUUUUUUCGCAUGACGAUGCCUUCUUAGUAGAGUCUCUGCAUCUUCACAUGGCAGCUGUUUACUUGAUCAGCAUAGUUGCCAUAAGCUGCGUUUCCACUCAGCAGUACACUUUAUUACUAUUACUAUACUUUAUUACUCAUUUUCAGGGCCUGACCACCGACGUGCGACGCCCUCUCGAAAAUGCUCCUUUUCUUGCGUUUUUGAGGGCCUAACGUGCAUGAAAACUCACCAAAAUUUGAACGCGUGUCAGGUUUGGCAAAAAAUGUUCUACUCCAGGAAUCCCGAACCCCAAAAACUCACUCAGUCGUGCCCCCCUUUUAAACUUUCAAAAAAUUUGCCCCUGCUACAAGUUUCACAAAACAUCACGAAAUUUGGUGGUGACGCCAAUCAUUACAAGAUGCACAAAAAAAGUUUCAAGAACCCAUGUUACAAAACAAACAGGAAGUCGGACAUUUUGGGUUCCGGCCGCAAUUUUGACCGAAGACUUGGGGUUUGCACUUUGAUGAACUAGUCCCAGGCACUUUGACCAAACGAGCCCAAAUCAAAAUCACGGGUAGCAGACAGACAGGCAAUGUUCUAUUGCAAAGGAUUUUAGUCUGUUCUAUAAGAUGUGGGCGGGGCAUGACAACAAACUUUCAUGAUCAAAAUACAAAUUUGCCACUAAAGUGUAAACGUUAAUAAUUCAAUUCCACAGCGUCAGAUCUUCGUCAUAAUUGGCACAUGUGAUGAAGGCAACACCGUGAAGCUAGACGUAGGUCACUUCCUCAAAUGUUUCUGUGUGCAAACCACUGGCAACAGGAAAUGGAAUGUGCAUGUCCGCUGACUCACGUGAACCCUGAGUUGCGUGGGUGUGCAAGGGCCCGUUCAACUUUGCCCGCAGCUUUCAUUAGUUUUUUGUUUUCCAUUUUGCCACCUUUUAAAAGGCUACCAAAUGAGGCUGUUUGUUGCAAGCCACUUUUCGACACUCUUGUGUAGCGUGAUACCUAAUGCUGCAACAAACGAGUAAAUAUCGUUCAGUGAACUGUACCCGCAUGGGGGAAACGUGGCUUUUCAACCCUCCCCUCAACUGUGAUGACUCAGUUCUCCCACUAGAGGCCACUGCUGCUCUUUAAUCGUAAACACUGCAGCAGACUACAGCACAAACCUGCAGUUUCCCUGGCUUCCCGGAUGCAUUUUCACUUUCACUUUUCAGAACCAAUAUAGUGUUGGAUAUUGUGCACACAUACUGUGAACAGGCUGGUUUCUUUGGGAGAACAGGAAAGGGCUUCCUACUUUAAAUGAAGUCUGCGUACAGACAAGAGUGGCUUUAUUUUCUAUGGAUGAGCUGGAAUUGUGUGUUACAUGGCACACAUGCUUUUGUUUACUCAUUGAUCAGACUGUUGCAUGACUGUGAGCUGAACCACAAACGGCUCCUGCCACGUAUGCACUCAACGAUCACAAGCCAGGCACCAACAUUUCACAGACGUUUUGACCCGAAAAAGAGAAUCGGAACUAUCUCCAAAUCAGUUUUGCAUCAUAUUAUGUUAUACAAAUCUGCCCCAAGAAAUGUUAAUGAAUAGCGUACUGCCAUUUGCAUUUCAUUUUACAAAUUAAGGUGAGUAAAUUCAGCUAUUUUGUAUUUGAAUGCGUUCUUUCUCAUGCCAAUAAAAAUUCACUGCCUAUUCCUUUUAUUAGCUUGAAAUUUGUAGGUUGUUUUGUAUUUGAACUAAUUUUGUAUAGCAGAUGUAACAUUCAUAUAGAUGUUGCUAUUUAUAGAGCUUUAUUCUGAAUACAGUAUAAUUGGUGUGUAUAGAGACAUGUACAUAAAUGUGUACACUAACGAUAGAUUUUGGAAAAUGAUUACUUGCUGUUAUGUAAUCUUAUCAAAUCCAAUUACCAAAUUUGACUUUUUCUUAUUUCUUUUUUUUUUUUUAAUGGGGAACAGCUGAUGUAAAGAACCAAAUCUGUUUUUUCUUUACAAGAAUUCCUGGAAUAAUUCCUUUGUUUACAAUUGCUGCUGUCAUGGAAACACACAAAAGAAAUAUUUGUAGAUGUACUUUGCAUGACUUUUUGUAAAAAUA